CACCGCCCCUUCCGCUCCGUCUCCCCGCAACGGCCUAAGCUUUUUGCCAUGCAAGGCGCCUCUGGGCUCAGCUCCGCAGCUCGCUCGCAGCCCAUGCUGCUCGGCCUGUGCACCUGGCUGGACAGACUCCCGCUCAGUCGCCCCAAGCGGCACCUGGCUCGGGAUUUCAGCGACGGCGUGCUGGUAGCGGAGAUUGUGAAGCACUUCCAUCCACGCCUUGUGGACCUGCACAACUACAGCCCUGCCUGCAACACGGACCAGAAGCUCAGCAACUGGAGCCUUCUCAACAGGAAAGUCUUUCACAAGCUGCACUUCUGUGUCUCCGAGGCAGAUAUCCGCAAGGUGGUGGCCAACGUGCCUGGAGCCAUCGAGCCCAUCCUUUGUGCACUGAGAGAGAAGGUGGAGCCUGGCACUGUUCAUGCAGUCUCACCUAGUACAGCUGAUCCAGGACCCUACAGAGUGGCUGCUGACCAACCUUGGGUGGAGGUGUCCACCCACACCUAUACCGGCCUGCCAGAUUCCCCGGAUCCCUCCAGUGUGAAGACUCUUCACAACCAGAAAUCUUUGCAGAUGGACUGCUCUGCUUUAGGAUGUGGAGACCCAGCCAAAGGGUCCUGGGAGCACCUAGCCAGGGUCCAGCAGCUGCUGGAGGACAAGGAGCAGGCACUAGCCAUUCUGCAACAAAUAGUCCAGAUUUUGCAGAUGAAGGUGGUGAGGCUGGAGCAUCUGGUACAGCUGAAGGACCAGCGGAUUGAGACACUAAUGAGACCUGGGCCUGAGGAGUGAACCUGACCUUGAACCCACCUGGAGCCUCUGGCAGCCAGGGCUUCUUCCACAGUCCUGCAGUAUCCUCUCCAGAGGUUCAGAGUGGGCACAUAUGUGGGCUCUGGGGCUACUUGUCUCAGGGGUUCCUGCUGGGUGUCAACUGCUAUGGACAAAGAUCAAAAGUUCUCUCCAGUCCUGUGAUGGUUUCUCAUUGCUACAUUUGUGAGCACAUGAGGCCUCAGUGUGUGCAAGAUCUAGGGCUUGGGGUCACACUACCCAGGGUGGGUGGUCAGCCAUGUGGCUCCGGAAUAACAAUCACUCUGGAGUCUGAAGAAAAUACCCCUGACUGGAGCCUGGGCAAGUUGUCUGUCUGUGCCUGCUGAGCCAUUCUUCUGAAAGGAUGUAGGACAGAGGAGGACCCAGGAAAGUGCCCCAAGAUUUGCCCUCAAGAUUUUGGGGCAAAAUUAGGUAUAGCUGGGACCUAGGCCUGGUUGGCUAUUGUAGACCAGAUUUCUCCUUGGGCCCAGAACCUAGCUGCUGCCUUCUUGCCUCCAGGAUGACUGCCCACCCACCAGGCUCAAGAGCACUGAUGUGUCCAAGAAGCUCCCAACACUGAGAGGGGUUGCAGGGCUGCAUUCUGCUGGCUUCUGUACCCAGCCAUGUCGCUCAUAAAUCCACAAAUGCCAUUGGGGCAGAGCCUGGUAGGAUGGACUAAAGCUCCCCACCACCUGUGUCAUCACAACUUCCCUUCCCCAUGGGGUCAGCUUUCUUCUGUGCUCUUGAGCUGAGCUCCUGAGGCGUCUCAGCUAGCAUCAGCAGCCACAGACUUGCAUCAGGAUUUCAGACCUGCCUCCAGAGUCUUAAGUAGUCUACUUCCUCCCUGAGUCAGAAGGCACAAGUCAGAAGGCAUGUUCCACAGCCCACCCUGAUCAUGAGUCACCACAACAGUCAGGAAGAUGGCUUCCCAGUAACUGGCUCUGUCACCUCUGGUCAGCUGGCUGGGGCAGCCAGUGUCUGGAGCCUUUCUGAGUCCCAGCCAAGGUGGACUAGGCAGAAGGACAGCUCCAUGCACCUGGAGCCCAGGGAUUCCUAGUGUCAGGAAUGGGAAUCUUUUCCUAAAACACUGCAGAGAUACCUUCAAGUUGCAGGUUCCUACACUGUCAGACCUGAAGAUAUCAGCCAGGAAAUCCCCUGAGAAGGGCCUGGACAAGAAAGCCAAAUCAACACAGGCCCAGGCAGAUUCAGAUCUGGCCCUGGUUGCCCUCCCCAGGCUAAUCCUGGGAGCUAUGGAUGAUCUGGCCCCCUUGCUGCUCCCUAAGGCGGGGACCGCAAAAGGCCAGCCAUUCUGCUCCAGAUGCUCCAGGCAUGCCCACAGCUAUGCACAUGCAUGUAUAAACUCAUGUAUGUGUCCACACAUAAAGCCAUGCACAUGAGGGCUGAUUGACUCCUUGUAGAGGCGGGACUGGCGUCCUGGAAGAAGUAGGCUUGGAAGGAAGCAGAGGCUGUUGUGUGCACGUUGUGUUUGUGUUUACAUGUGGCACUAUGUGUGCAUGUUGUGACACAGCAUUGCUAUACAUGUGCGAUACUGUGUGACACUGGGUGACUGAAGAUAUGUGACUGUGCACACACAUUGUACAUGUGUAGGAUGCAUUUGUGCUGGCCAGUGGAAGUGGCUGAGGUGGUGGCCUCAAGGGAUAGAAGAGGCAGAGGCGGGGCCAGGUGGGCUGAUGGAUCAUGGGCCCUUAGUGCAGGAAGAAUAUGCUUCUUACUGGUUCAGCUUCUGCUUGAUAGGUCCUGUGGGUUGGGCUUGGGCCACCUGCCAGGCUUUGAAAUAGAGAGACAGGUGUACCUUGGAAAAUAAGAAACAAAGCCCAGCCUGGUGUGGUGGUGCAUGCCUGUAAUCUCAGCACUCA